AGUUAUUGUGUCCAAAAUGAUGUUUGCCUGGGAAUGAUUACUGUCCAGCCAUUUAAUUCAAGAUAUUCUGAGGUUUAAAAUGCUGAGCACGACCUGUACACUGUGGACAAGUUUUCUAAUUUACAGCAGCGUCUCUAUUAGUUGUUUGUAGUAUUCAAUUUAUGUGAGCAUUUUCAGUACUGUUUGAUUAAUUUGCUUGUGGAUCAGGAAACGUACAGAGACAAUUUUUGGCUUGUUUAACAGAGAGGUAAGCCUGGGCCAAUGGCAAAGGUGCAACAAGAUUAGGGAGUGCCCUAGUGAAGGACUCGGAGGGAGAGAAGUAUACUUGACAAUGGAAAGAUGAAAGGAGGCAUGACUAUUAGGAGAGUCUGUAGGAAGGAUAAAGAGAAAACCAGUUUUAAUAUGAUCUAAAGUGAUAAUAGUUUGAUGGACUUGGGUCAGGACUGCCUAGGAGAGCACAGGUUGCAUAACUUUAUUUUGAUGAAAAGGAACAAAUGGACUCCUUUGUCCUGGACAAAAGAGCUGAAAUCCAGAGGCGAGGUGAUAGUGACAGCCAUUGACAUCGAGGCUGCAUUCGACUGUGUGUAGCAUCAGGAGCCUUAGCAAAACUGGAAUCAAUAGGUAUCACGGGACAAACUGUCUGGUGGUUGGAGUCAUACUUGACACAUAGAAAGAUGGUUGUGGUUUUUGGAGAUCAGUCAUCUCAGCUCCAGGACAUCUCUGCAGGAGCUCCUCAGGGUAGUAUCCUAGGACCCAACCAUCUUCAACUAGCUCAUCAAUGACCUUCCCUCCGUCAUAAGGUCAGAAGUGGGGAUGUUUGCCGAUGAUUGCGCAAUGUUCACUACCAUUUGUGACUCCUCAGAUACUGAAGCAGCCCAUGUCCAAAUGCAGCAAAAUCUGGGCUGACAGGCGAAAACACACAUGUGAUGACUUACAUCUGAAAACAUGCGGCAUCAAUGCUUGCUGCUGGCUGUGUGUGGAUGGGCGGUUUUCAUGUUGCUGUUUGUCAGUAAAUUUAUCACUUUAAAUCUCAGAGAUAAAGAAGAAUAUGGUACUAAACCACACAUAUUGGAUAAGACUGUGACUAAUAAUUUAAAAAAAACCAAGCCUCAAGAACAAACUUUUCACACGGAUAAGCCUGCUGAAAGUACAUCAAAUGAAUUGGACCCUCACUGGGAUGCAGUACAUGCUGAACGCCUCAAUCUCCUGAAGAAUGUUUGCCAAAAUGCAUCUUUACGGAAUCUGACAUAUUCUCCUAUCACAAAGUUUGUCUUGGACCGUAUAUUUGUAUGUGACAAGCACAAAAUUCUGUUCUGUCAAACCCCAAAAGUUGGCAAUACACAGUGGAAGAAAGUUCUUAUUGUUUUAAAUGGAGAAUUUAAAUCAAUUAAAGACAUUCCUGAACCUUUGAUCCAUAAUCAUGAGAGGAAUGGCCUACCUCGUUUGUCGUCAUACAGUGAACCAGAAAUAACAAAAAGAUUGACGACAUACUUCAAAUUCUUCAUUGUUAGAGAUCCCUUUGAAAGACUUAUUUCUGCAUUCAAAGACAAAUUUCUAAAGAAUCCUCGAUUUGAACCAUGGUAUAAACAUAACAUUGCACCAGCUAUUAUUCAGAAGUAUAGAAGAAAUCGCACUGAGACUAAAGGACUACAAUUUGAUGAUUUUAUUCGCUAUUUAGGUGAUCCUAACCAUAAGUGGCUUGAUGUUAAAAUAGGAGAACACAUUAUUCACUGGGCUACGUAUGUAGAGCUUUGUGCACCUUGUGAAAUCGAGUAUAAUAUCAUAGGACAUCAUGAAACACUGGAAAAGGAUGCUCCGUACAUUUUAAAGAAAGCAGGAAUGAGUAACUUGGUAUCCUAUCCCCCAAUUCCACCUGGUAUUACAGCAUACAACAGAACCAAGGUUGAGCAGUACUUUUCCAGAAUCGGCAAACGAGAAAUAAAACGCCUUCAUGCUCGUUUCCAAGGAGAUUUCAAACUGUUUGGUUACGAUGAACCAGAGUUUUUGUUAAACUAAUUUAGCCAAGUACGUGACCUAAUCGGGGUACAGUGAAUAUUUACAUUUCUCUUUGGGAUUUUCUGUUAAACAAUGGACAUUUUAAUGCUAUCACCAGCAGAGGUCAGUGAAGGCACGUGGAGUGAAAGAAAGCUUGAAACAAUAGCUUGAUACAUGCAUGUAUGCAGUAAUAAAUGAAUACAAGAAUUACAAUGUGUUAAGCAUUUUAGAAGUAGAUCAGCAGUAGUUUAAUGCACGGAACUCAACAAAAGAAUAUUUCAGGCAUUCAAAAUAGUGUAGUGAAAAUAUUUCCAAGAACAAGUAUGGUAGAAGGUAAUUGCUAAACAGCAUAUGAUUUGGAAAAUAAUACUGUAAAAGUCUUUAAACCCCCAAGUCCUCCUACAGAAUUAAGCUGAAUUGUUGCUGUCACAGACAUAACAGUCAUAGUACAGGCAAAGUAAUUUUCCUGUGACUUAUUUGAUUUAGUUUAAUCUAGGUGUAAACAUUGGAAAAGUCUUUUAAUACAAUCGACAAUAAAAUCUGCACAUUUAAAGUUACAGUAUCCAUUUUUAGGGAAGUCUGUUUUUCAGUUUUAUUCAUUAUCUAGUUACAUUGGUACUUUUAGUAUACUUAAGUUCAAUUCCUUCCUGGCAAACAGAUGACUUGAAUAGAACACAGAACGUAACAGCACAGUACAGGCCCUUCGGCCCUCGAUGUUGCCCCGACCUGUGAAACCAAUCUGAAGCACAUCUAACCUACACUAUUCCAUUAUCAUCCAUAUGUUUAUCCAAUGACCAUUUAAAUGCCGAACAGUAGAUAUACUUUCUUCCUUUUGGGUUGGAGAGCUCACCACUGCACUGACUAGGGUUUGAUGGAAAUUGCUGAAUAAUACAGUAAAAAAUUUGGCAAGGUGGUGAACCUUGAAAGACAUGCGUCAUUCAUCCAACUGAUAAAUUAAGCUACCAGCAAUGGUUAUUUAUAAACUUUUAUGUCAACUAACUGAUAAACGUAUUAUGUAAUAUCAAAAAGUAAUAUCACAAGAAACAGAUUUUCUUAUACUAACUACUUUGAAGAACAUGCAUUUGAGCUUCCAUGCAUCAUGAUUCUGAUAUUUUAGUGUGUUCUUAAUGCAAGGACCAUGUCUAUAAGCAAAUAGUCAUUUGGUAGUACAUAAGUUGGAUAUCACUGAAGAAAAGACACAUUUUGUCAAAGUUUUUUGUCAUGCACUUACUGUGUAUCUCACAAGAAUACCAAUCCAAGGGGGUAAAUAAAUAUUUGCACUGCAUAAAAGAAGUGUGUUGUUUGAUUACCAAGUGGACUGUGAUCUGUAGAGGUGUAGCCAUGGAGAAUGCACCAAUUAUGAUUGAGGGUUAACUGCCAGGCUUUGUUCUAAACAAGGCAGGCUCACUGUGAUUGAUCAAACAUUGAGAAAUGAACCAGUAAGUGGCUGUCACCUAUUUUAUUGAGUAGAAAUAAUUGCAGUACACAUCUGUGUUGUAUGCAAUGAUAUGGUGUUCCUCGUAUUGGUACUGUUGCAAAUUGUCGUGACAAGUGCAAGGUAAAAACAUUUGACAAAAUUUGUCUCAAUAAGCAAUAUUCACAUAAGCAUUUGUCCUUCAUGAAUAUAUUUAAACGAGUUCACAAAAUACAUGUGGAAAUGUUUUAACCUCUUGGUUGUUAGGACCUUUUCUUCCCAAAAUGUAUUAUUUUUGUAUCUAUCGAGAAAUGUUAUAUUAUGUAAGUGUACUACUUCAGUGGUGAAAACAGCCUACUUUCAUCUCAGUCUAUACCUGUCUGCAGCUGAAAUGCUUAUCCAUUCCAAUGCCAUCUCCAGACAUGGAUAUCUGGUUAACAUCCAAUCCUCCAUUUUCCGAACAGUUCAACUAAUUCAAAAUCUCUGCUGUCAAUAUUCUGUCCAAGUAAUUUUCUGGGGGUUUGGGUUUGAAUCCUGUCAUGGCAGAUGGUGGAAUAAACAU